AUGUCGGCCAUGUCUGCGGGCGGCGGAGCGCAGCGGGACGCGGGGGCCGCGGGCGGGCGCCGCAGCAAGUGGGACCAGCCCGGCCCGGCUCCCACCUUCCUGCUGCCCGGCACGGCGCCGCUGCCCGGGCGGCCGUUCGCCGGCGGGGGCGGCGAUGGCGGCGCCGCCGUGGCCGGUUCCGAGGGCUCCGCGGCGCCCUCGGGAGCGCUGGAUGCGGCGGCGGCCGUGGCGGCGAAGAUCAACGCCAUGCUGAUGGCCAAGGGGAAGCUGAAGCCGGCGCCCAGCACGGCCGACAAGCUGCAGGCUCUGGGCAAAGGUCCAGCCGCCAGCAAGAGCAAAGAUGACCUGGUGGUGGCCGAGGUGGAGAUCAACGACGUGCCCCUCACCUGCAGGAACCUGCUGACCAGGGGCCAGACCCAGGACGAGAUCAGUCGCCUGAGCGGAGCCGCCGUGUCCACCCGGGGCAGGUUCAUGACUGCAGAGGAGAAAGCAAAAGUGGGACCUGGGGACCGUCCCUUGUAUCUCCACGUGCAGGGGCAGACGCGGGAGCUGGUGGACAGUAAGUGCCAACCAUUCCUGUUUUCCUGGUUUAUUUGGGACAGAGGGGCUGUGGGAGCGGCCUUGGUGGGUUUGUGCUGUGAAUAUCUGAGGGUUGAAAACAGACUGGGUUUAAACACUGGGAAGGUCUGCUCAGAAAUUCCCGAGGUCCCGCCUGCUGCAUCCGGCAGGAAACCUUGGAGGCACCCCAGGGAAGGUGGGGGCAUGAAGUUGACUGAACCCGAUUUUACUCUAAUAGAGGUGUCUGUUGCUGAUGGAAGGGGGAGCUCCCAAAUCUGGCAGAGUUGUGCUGAUGAGGUGUUUGGUUUCUCUUUUGUCUGUCCUUUCAGCCACCCAAAGCCAGAAGGUUUGGCAGCUGCUAAAAAGCUGUGUGAGAACCUCUUGCAAACGGUUCACGCCGAGUACUCCCGCUUUGUGAACCAGAUAACCACUGCAGUCCCCCUGGCAGGUAACUCCCAGCCCAGCUUUCAGAGCCCAGCCCCUUUUCCAUUUGCUUGCCUGAUCUCCCCUUUUCCCUGUCUUUUGUCUCCACCUUGUGCACUCCAGAGCCCGCUGAGCGCUCCUUUCCUCCCUGCUGCCCCAGUAAAAACCAGCCUGCCAACUGGUGCUCAGCCCCAGGUGCAAACCCACCCCCAGGGCCAAAAGAGACGCUUCACCGAGGAGCUGCCCGACGAGAGGGAGUCGGGACUGCUGGGAUACCAGCAUGGACCCAUUCAUAUGACUAAUUUAGGUACAGGCUUCUCCAGUGCGAGCGAACUGCAGGGAGCCGGGGCCAAGGCAGCAGGUUCCUCGGGAAAGGAGAGAGAGAGGGACAGGUGAG